GUCUCUCCCUGCCCACACGACCAUUGCUACAAGCGCAACGAGCUUGAGCUAGAGCGGAGACGCCAUGGCGGCCGGUGGUGGCAGUAGCCGUGCCCUGCUCGCGCUCCGCGUCCUCCUCCUCUGCGCCCUCGCCGCCGCCGCGGCUACCAUUCUGGUCCCUCUCGCCACGAGCCCGUGCGCACGCUCGCUGUCGAGGAGCAUCCUCGCGGCCACGGGCCUAGACCCGUACCUCCUCUUCUGCGCCGGCGGCGACGCCUCCGGUGGGGCUCCAUUGCUGUCCCAGGGCGGCGGCGCCAACGGGACCGGCAGGGGCGCCGCGCGAGCCGUCGUGACCGACCAGCGGUGCGUCAGGGGCAAAUUUCCGCCGGACGCGCUCCCGCCCCUGCAGUGCUGCCCGCCGGCGUCCGCGUCGGAGCCCGUCAACUUCACGCUCCCGGACCCCGCGGAGCCGCUCCGGACGCGGCGGCCGGUGCACGCCGUCGGCGCGGAGUACAUGGCCAAGUACGCGCGCGCGGUGGCGCUGAUGAAGGCGCUGCCCCGGUCGGACCCGCGCAGCUUCUACCAGCAGGCCAACGUCCACUGCGCCUACUGCACCGGCUCGCACCGGCAGGCGGGGCGCCCAGACCUGGGCGUGCAGAUCCACUUCUCGUGGCUCUUCUUCCCCUUCCACCGCGCCUACCUCUACUUCUUCGAGCGCAUCGCGGCCAAGCUGCUGGGGGAGCCCGGCUUCGCGCUGCCCGUCUGGACAUGGGACGUCCCCGAGGGGAUGGGGAUCCCCGAGGUGUUCGCCGACGAGGCGUCGCCGCUGUACGACCCGAUACGGGAGCCCAGCCACGCGCCGCCCAAGGUCGCGGACCUCGACUACAUCCUUGGAGGGGGAGGGGAGAAGAACUUGACCGACGAGCAGCAGAUCCUGCACAACUUCCGGGUCAUGUAUAAACAGAUGAUCAGCGGCGCGACGUUGCCCUCCCUCUUCCUCGGGCAGCCCUACCGCGCCGGCGACCCGGAGAUGCCAGGUGCGGGCACGGUGGAGUGGAUCCCGCACAACACGAUGCACCUCUGGACCGGCGACAACUCGCGCCCCAACGCCGAGAACAUGGGCGUCUACUACUCCGCCGGCCGCGACCCCAUCUUCUACCCGCACCACGCCAACAUCGACCGCCUCUGGGAGUCCUGGCGCGGCAUCGUCGGCGGCCGGCGCCGCGCGGACUUUGCCGACCCGGACUGGCUCGACUCGUCCUUCCUCCUCUACGACGAGGAGGCCCGCCUCGUGCGCAUCACCGUCCGCGACGUGCUCGACAUCGGCAAGCUCCGCUACGCGUACGCCGGCGCCGGCCUCCCGUGGCUCAACGCGCGGCCGCCCGUCACCCCCGGCGUGAACCCCAGGGGCGGCCGGCUAGCGUCCGUCAGCUUCCCGGUGUCCCUCGACGCGGCGGUGACCGCGGAGGUGAGGCGGCCGCCGCCGGGCGCGCGGCGGCGCCGGAGCCUGCAGGAGGAGCAGGCUCGGGAGGAGGAGGUGCUGAUGGUCGAGGGCAUCGAGGCGGACGCCGCGGACUUCGUCAGGUUCGACGUGUACGUGAACGCGAGGGAGUACCGCAAGGUCCCGCCGGGAGGGAGGGAGAUGGCCGGCACCUUCGCGACCCUGAAGCACCCCGGCAAGGAGGGAACUGUGGUGCGGACCAGCAUGACGGUGGCGCUGGGCGAGCUGCUGGAAGACCUCGGAGCCGAAGGGGACGACAGUGUGACGGUGACGCUGGUGCCGGUGAGAGGAAAGGUCAGGAUCGGAGGCCUGAAGAUCGUGUACAUGGCGGAGUGAUUAGACUCCUACGGGUAGCGGGAGCACUGAGUCAGCAGGCACGGUGCAUGAUACCAAUAAGCUGCCGGAUUUUUGAGGAAGAAGCUGGCUGGCCUGCGCAUUUUUGCAUGGCUAGUUUAGAGUUUAUAGACGUUAAUAUACCAAUAAUCAUUGAGUCGUGACGGAUAAUGAAAAUGCUAUAUAAUAUAAAUGUAUUUAUUUA